AUGGCGUUGAUGCGGAUAUUCUCGGGCCGAGAUCGACCGCGAGAUACUUCCGCUCGUCUCAAGCGCCGCCUUGGCCACGCCCAUGACAUUGUAAUGCGGGAUGACCUUUUCCGCGCCAUAAUAGGUCAGCGUCAGGAUCGAUCCGCCCUCAGGCAUCAUCUCACGUGCGCGCUUGGCCACCGCGACCAGCGAAUAGGCCGAGAUGUUCAUGGUCAUCAGGAAAUUGUCGAGCGUCGUGUCGUAGUAACGCCCGCGCAGCUGCGACUUGUCCGAAAAAGCCGAUCGCAUGGACGACGAAAUCGAUCGUCGGCCAUUCGCCCUUCAGAUCGUCGAACAGCUUGUCGGGCGAUUCCAUCUCGGGACGUCGCAGUCGAACAGACGCGCCACGCCCAAUUGUUCAGCCAGCAGGCGGACCCGCUUUUCCAUCGCCGCACCCUGAUACGAAAAGGCGAGGCUCCGCGCCCGCCUCCAGCUGCUUGGCGAUGCGGGCCAGCGAUUUGUCAUUGGCGGGCCCAUGAUGAGCCCCCUUGCCUGCCAUCAAUCCGUUCACGCCGUUACCGCUCCUGCCGGUUCACCAUCUUCAAUCGCCCUCUCUAG